AUGGCCACUAAAGGUACUGGGAGUGCUAUUUCAUUCUCCGGAAGCCCCUGCAUUACUUUCGAGAAACUAAAUGGCCCCAGCAUUACUCCCUUUGGCCCUCUUGAAAAGUAUUCUCACCUUAUUUAUUUAUUUUUUUCAAAAUUUUUAAUUUGGCUAAAAACGUUUUCUCUCUUUCUUUUGCAAUGUCUCUUUCUCUCUCUCAGUGCCGCCUCUCGCGCUAAAGGAGGUGGAAGACGAAGUAGUUGUGGCUCUUUCGAUUUCAUCGUUCUCCAUGAAAUCAGGAGACUUGAAGGUGGCACCAAUAAGGAUGAUGUUAAGCCAAAAUUUAGAACACUGGAAGAAAUUAUGGUUGAUUAUAGAAAAAUUAGGGUAGUACUAAGUUGUUUUAUUUGAUUAGUGUAUUCUUUUCUAUUUAUUAAAAUUCUUGACUUUUUAAUU